AUGACAUCGCUUGUGGGAGGAAAAUUAAGUAAGAAAACUAAGCUGAAUCACGUAACCACUUAACUAGUGCAAAAACUGACGAGAGAAGUCCCCACUAAUGGAUGAGAAGGGCGGUGCCUCUUCAUUUAAUUGAUCCAUAAAUUGAAGCUGGAGAUUGCCGCUCAUGUAUUGGAAGGGGCAUGCUAUGUAGAGGCUGGCUUUGCUUUUAGUUUUUGAUCCUAAAACGUGGGUGGCUGAAGGCGUUACAAGAAUUCAGGCAGAAUGUGUGAAGUAGUAACCCUAAGAUGGGCCUACACAAUAGGUGUACGUAGAUAGCAUGAUCUCGUUUGUGCUGAAGUUAAUGGGAUGCAAUUGUGACGAGUGAUGAAGACGUUAGGUUGUCUGAUGAGAUUAGAUAUUUAAUUUGUCUGGACGAAUGGAGAUUUUUACUUGUAGAGUUAACCAUACAGUGACACCUCCGAAGAAAAUGUAAUGAUGCGUUUAGUCCCAAAAUAAUAAUUCAAUUAGUAAGAAUUUUCUUGAUAUUUAGAAAGCCAUGUAAGAAUUUGACUGUAGUAUUAAAGAAUUUGAAUAUAAUGCAGUAUUAAAGAAUUUGAAUACUUUGGCUGACUGUGAUUUGAGCUGGCCAUUUUUUUUCCCAUUUUUCAACGUAAAGCUACGCCAAUGUUUAUAAUAAAUCUGUUUGGUAUCAUCUAUUACCAAAAUAACCGUUUUAGAUCGGUUGACAGCCAAUAUUGUAUACUACUGUGAACAGCACUUUUAUCAAUUCCUCAUCUAUUUGUUAUUUAAAAAAUGUGUUUUUCUUGGUAGUGUCUGUGGAUUGUAAGAUAAUUGCGAUUUAUGUUUAUUCUGUUGAAUUGGAUUUCAUGCACCAUUUCUUAAGAGAUCCUCAAAUUCGGUACAUUAGUAAUGAGUGUGCGUCCAACUUAUUUCUCCCAACCAGCUUUGGCCGUGAAUAUUAUGGUAGCUACUUUCACCACUCAAGUCCCAAAGUAGAAUGAAUAUCAAGCUACCAAACAUUUUGAUACUUUUUAAUCAUCCACUGUUAACACCAUCUUUUGCAUAUCUAUAGAUAAUUGUAGAGAUUUGCCUUUGUAUGCCUAUUUUGUGUUCAAUCAUAUGGAGAAUUUCUUAUAAAAACGGGCGCCCAAGAAAAUCACGAUCUUGAGUGCUAUCUGUGUAAAGAUACACAAUUGUGUAAAAUUAAUGAAAAAAACUAGGGAGACUAGGUAAAAAUAAAUGGUAUAUUACGUAGUGAGAGAUGCAUAUCAUCAAGCUGUAAAGUAAGACUGAAACUAAUCAUUUGAUAGGCCUUAGCCUUCAUAUAUAUUUGAUUAUUUUCGAGUCUCAAUUCUUACUGGGGAUAUAGUCUAGUAGGACAUGCCUGAACCAUAUUUGUUGGGGCUCUUGUGACGCUCACCUCUGCACAUAUAUUAGUGCCAAUUUUUCUCCAACUUUGAUCUGGUUUAUUUUUGAAUGUUCUUCUAGGCGCAAAAUUUCUGAUCCUACAAAGGAAAUUGUAGGCUAUCUUUGCCGUGAAUUAUAAAGAAGCUUCAAUAGAGCAGGAAGACAACCAUCCAGUAUUAGAUUAGUCUACGUCUUACGAUGGGGAAUGCACUUGCUUCUCAUGGUACUAUGCUUUGUAUCUCGUGGUUGUUUAUCCUUACUGAACAGUUUAUCUCAUUUCUUUCGUAGGUUCCAGUGACCUGCAAAAGCUCUGUUGGAUUUAAUACCAGAAACAAAAGAUCGUUACCCAUGGUUGGUAAUGGUAAGUAUUGGACACGAAUACCAUAACAAAUUCUUUGAAAUUUUUUUACGGCCACAUACCCUUGUCAGUUGUGGUGUUAAAACUGGUUUCAUCCUAACCUGUCAAUUAGGCUAGUGGACUGUCAUUAGGGUUUUUCCUCUAUUCUUCCAGAUUUCUGAGCAUUUUGAUGACAUAAGUUUGAACUGAAUGAAAUACCGACCUUUUUCUCUGGCACAUGAUUUAGGUGACAUUUCCUUUUCAUCUUGGUAGGAUCUGACUUCUUUCAGAAGGUUUCAGAGAAAAAGCUGAAACAUAAGCAUCAGAUGGAGCAGGAAGAUGUCAUGGAAACAACAGGAGAUGGUAGUAUGUGUCGCAUAAUGCUAUAAAUAAUGCAAUUAAUAAAUUUAUUUCAAGAAUUAUGGUUGUUUCUUUCUGUCUAUUCAUGUAAUUUGUUAUUUCUAAGGUUAGCUAAGCACCCAUAAACUUAAAAAUACCUUAGUUGAGAAAACUACCUCUUAUAAAAUCGAAUGGAUUAAUUUUCAAUGCAAUUUUCUGAAAUUUCCUCGUGAGAAUAGUAUUUAAGAAUUCCCAGGCAUUUUAUACUAUGUACAUUGUAUCUGAGCCUUUUUGGAUUUAUCCUUCUUUCAGUGAAAACUCAUUUUAGGAUGUAGAAGUGAGUUAUCUUAGUAGAGGUAGGUUCAUAUAUAAAUCGAGUUUCUAUCUCUUCUUCCAACAUAAGUAUAUACAUCAGAUUUUUUGUAGCAUACAUUGCACUCUAGAUUCCGCAGGAUUACUGUGUAAUCCUGCGGACAUCUAUCGCAUGCUUGUUUAUCUGAGGGCUUACUAUUUUACUCAUUGGAUUUAAGUUUCUCAACUGGAUCUGCUAGUGCCAAAAGAAUCUCCUUGUAUAAAACUCCGGGAAUACUCUACAUUGUACACUUAUGCAAGGAUUUAACUCCCUGGGUUGUCUCUUCUUAACCCUAAGAAAUGAUUCUAUCAGAUGAUAUGGAUGCGCUUCGCUAUAAUCAUUUAAAUAGUUUUCACUAAGUGGGGCAUUUAAAUAAAUAUAAAGCAAGGACGAAGAUAGUUUAGUGAGAUGUGAAUCACGUACUGUUGUUAGUAUCAUAGCUUUGUCUGAAUUUCGAAGAUAAAAUUGCUUUCUGGAUUUACACAUUUCAUGAUGGACGGUUUUCUUCUAUUGUUUUCACAUGAAAUUCCAAUGUAAACUAGCCUAAACAUUUCACUUACCUUUCAUUGAAUAUGAAGAAACGACAUUGAAUCUAUAAAACUCUGAUUUUCUGAAGGUAAGAAGAGCUAUGAAAAAAUGGAGAUGCAAAAGGUAGAUCUUCAUCCAUGUAAAGGCCUGUUGCCUAGCGACCGAAAGGAAUCACUUACUAGAUGGUGGCUAAACAGUGGGAAGACAAGUUCAAAGGAUCCCGGGUUCCAAGAACUUGACAAACAUAAGUCAAGUAUGGAUCUUUGCACACGUUCACGGAAUGAGAUGGUACACUUUGAUCCAUCACUUUUGCUAUGCAUCUUUUGUAAUUCAGAAAUUUAUUAUUUGUUAAAUAAUUUAAAUGUGUGUCUCUACUUGCGAACAAUCUUAGAUAUUCUUCCCUCUGUCAUUCGUGUUCGUGUAAAUAAUCUUAGAUAUUCUUAGAUUUGUUUUUGACUAGUUUUGUGUAUGAGCAUUGAAAGGAGGGGGGUUAACCCUGCUGCUUUGCCAUUAAUCAUGUGAGAUGAGAAACCUGCUCAUCUCAGGGUUCUGUGAACUUACUGCAGAAAAUUGUUGCUGGUGGGAAGAAAUAUAAGUUCCGUUAUGGUGGAAAUCUAGAACCCUGUAAACACUGUCAAUGAAAUUAAAGCCAAUUGAAAGAAGACUUUUCUGAGAUAAAGUGGUGAAGAUGUAGAGGGUGGCACUGCAAGAAUUGGGGAGUGUAGAAAUAAUUUUUUUGUUAAAGUGUAUAGGUAAUUAAUGGAGCAGACUCAGUUUCGUAAUCAUAGGCUUAUCUCUGUGGUCUCUACUAUGACAUUACGCUGAGUGACUAUGCAAGUUGUGAACAAAAGGAGGGAAUCACGAAAGAGUCGUUGGUUGUUGAUGUCUAGCGCCGAUCUGUUCUUAAAUGGGGUUUGAGUUUGUAACACAGUUGUAUCCGAUGGGCACAACAUAACAAAUCUCAACAUUCCAUUUUUAGUCCAUAUUUUCUCUAAUUGACGUAAAUUAAUUUAAAAAUUGAAUACUAAAACACAAAUUUAAUAUUAAAGAAAUGUAUUAUUCAUAUUUUAUUUCAUUUUAAUUUUAAAUAAUUAGUAUCUUAAAUAAUUUUGUCAUGUUUUGAGAAUGUUUUGACCACUGUGUCGAUUCACGUCGUUGCCCUAAAAGCAUUGGAUGUCCAGAAUUUUUUGUGGAAUACUCAUGAAGUUGAAAGGAGAAGGGUACUGUUCUGUAAUCCCAUGAAAUUAUCACACAUGUUGCUGGACAAGAUUUCUGCAUUGAUGUGGGCUUCCCUCUACUUAACUUUUUAGCUAUCUUAGCGUAGGCUAACGAGGAAUAAAAGCUCAGUAUCAAGUUUGUCGUCUCUGAAUUCUACACCAGAGAAUGAAUAGACUUUAAGUGUAUGUUAAUUUUUGAGAAAUUGUAUUUGUUCUCAGGAGUGCUUGUGUGCACAGUGGUAACUGACUUACUGUGCUAUGUUCUGACAGCUUAUACCUCUUCCUCUUUCUUCAGUGGAUCAGUAAUGUUGUUUAUGGUUUGGAUUGUGACUGCUAUGGACUUGAAUUUCCGUGCUAUGACAAUUCUCUGCUGAACAAAGAAGAUAUCCAUUGUGUUGUUACACACGAUAUCCUACCGGGAACUACAUUCUUGAUAGCCAUUUUGGGAAAUUGAAAGAAUAACAAGAAUUUGUGCCUUGGAAAUGACAUGGAUUUGUCAGAGAAUAUUGUUGUGUUCUCGGUAUAAUUUACUUGUCAGCAAUUUCGACGAUGGCCUUUGCUUGAUGUGGAGUGUUACCUCAUCUGUGAUGUGUAAGCCCAGGGGAGAGUAAAUCACCUGUGACAUAGUCCUCUGCUUCAUGAAGAAGGGUCCAUGGCUAUGAGCCAUGGUAUGGGGCUGAUUUCCAAUUUUAAUUAGAGAACCUCUUCCUAUCAGAAUUUUCAUCAACAUCCUAUAACUUGAAAAUAUCGGCUGUACAUUAAAAUGUUUCACAAUCUUCAUGUCGAGUUUGGCUUAGCUGUUAAUUAAUUUAUGGAGCGCUUCAUUGGAAAAGAGAGUAUUGGGCAUCAAAAUUUACUUUUUGUCCUGCUACUGGAGGGGAGAGCUGACUUAUUAAAUGACUAAUCUUCAGUUUGAGGAAUGCUCGAUCAAUGUUAUGCUUUAUAGUGAGUGUGAGGCUUAGCGCGUACCCUGCCCUAGUCAGAGUUUAUGCCGGAAUUUUAUGUUCUAGCUUGUGUAACUGAUAACGAUGUAUUACUUAUCCUGCCAUUACUAUCCAUUAGGCUAAGUUCCUUGCUUGUGUAACUAUAUUUUAAUUUUUCCUACUGAAUGGUUGCUACUAAGAUCUAUUAUCUCUUUCCAAGUGUCAGAUAAUAAAAGAGGAUUCAUUUGAGGGUUUUUUGUCUAAAGUUAUAUUUUGGGUAUUCCUUAGAAAAGUUAUGGCCCACUUGUUUGAUUAGGUGCAGGUAUGAGCUUAGGUCUAACUUGGGUUAGCGGUCCCGCGCAUUGUAAUUUUGGUGGCAUUUUUCAAGAGUAUCUAUCUAAUAAAUGGUCGCUUUUCUUCAUUAUUUUUCUAUUCAAGUUCAUAAACAAUCAAUGAUUAAUCAAAUUUAAGGUUCGGGUUAGUCAACUGGAGCUUAUGAGCUUAUUUGGUCUCUUGUGUAAAGUGAUCCUUAAAAGUUCCAUGGGACUUCUCCCUUAUAUGCGGUGGGAAGUCGGGGUUGGCUGGGUUUCACGAGGAAUAUAAAAUGAGUCUCAGUUUACUUAUAUCUAUGGACGAAACUCAAAUUUUUAACUGUCUUGUUGCAGGGAAAUGACAACGCUCCUGAAGAGAUGAGGCUGAUUCAUCCAUUUUUCUCACGUUGGAAAACAAAGAAAGUCUCCGAAUUUUCACUCAUUUCUAAAUUGAACAAGAGCUAUAACUCUGCACCAGAAGAGGACUUGGUAGCUUGUGGCCGCCCCAUACAUGUUUCUGUGAUGCUCCAGGUGCUUGAGGCUAAUUUUUGAAACUCUUAUGGCUUUCCUGUCAAUUUUUCGUUGUUAUUUUGCUUUCUGAAUUACAACAUGUGUUAUUGAUACUGCAGGAUGACAUCAGUCCACUAGACUGGGGACGUUGGGAAAUUAAUGAGAGAUCAUUACUUAAUCUAUCUGAAUAUGUUUCCCCAGAAAGCAAUUUAUUAUCUGUAUCUGAUGUUUCUAAUGCCCCAUUAACAUUUGAUGGCGUCAUCCCAUUCUUAAAUGUUUGUGGGGAUAUACUUCGUCAUAGAAACGUGCAUUCAGAUCAAUUACCGGAAGAAGCAAUAGACCUUCUCGCAAGGUCAGAAGGUACCUCCACUUUAUUGAUUGAUAGACGAGAAACAAAUAGCCAGCAAGGCUUAAGCUUUAAAAUGGUAUAUUCUCGGUUGUUCCGUGUUAUUUUCCCCUGAAAAGACCUUACAUUUUGACGCUUUUUAUUCUCAUUCACUAACGAGCAAAUGAACGUUCUUACAUUUUUUGUAGUUCCUCGAGAAAAAGGACGAAAAUUUCUCCCUCCAAUUUACCAAUUCUAUGGAUAACUUAGAGAAUGAACAGAAAAAUGGACUAUCUGAGGAAAGGUUGGUAAUCAUGUAAACAUUUGCUAUGAUUUUUGAAUGCCUUGUGGACGGUGGUGUUAUCUAUUUUCAAAACCAUGCUGUCAGAUUAUAUUUGUCAAAUUACUUGUUACUGUAAAAUCUCUGAUUGUUCGAAAACUUUUUGGUUGAAUAUGAUACAUAUUUUCCUUUUCAGUUUGUACUUGUAGGAACUGAUAAUCAUAUAUGUGAUCAGUGUGAAUUUCUGAAUUUUGGAAAUGAUUACUAUCAUGGUCCAUGCCAAUUUAUGUAUAAUAUAAAGUCUAGCCACUAUAUAUUCUCUUAAAUUCUUCCAUGCUUCGAAAAAAGGCAGAAUGCCAAAAAAUACUGAAACUUAUAUAAUUGGCGGAACUAUGCCUUCAUCUUGUUUCCUUCUUCUAGAGUAUGUUUUCCUAUCUGUGUUUUAGAGUCUUCCUUGUUUUUUCUAAUUACAACUUAUUUUAGAAUCAUAUUGAAAGUGUAGUUUUCAAGUGAUUGGAUGGUUGAUAAGGUGACCCGGAAGCCCAAAUCAUUUAGGUCAGCCUUGGCUAGGGAUUUUAUUGAAGGUGUGCAUUUGUGUAGGACAAAGUAAGGAUACACAAGUUGACAUAUCAAACCGAAUAAUGCUGUCAAUUAGAAAACAAAUUAGGCGACAAAAGAUGUCAAGAGCAGAAGACGAUUCAAAUCGGACUAGGCUACUGCAAACUGUGAGAAAAUGGUUUGUACUUGUGGUGGGGCGUAGGGUAGCUCCCCUAAAAAAACUAAUUUUACAUGUAAUUUGGUGAGCCUAGCUGCCUAAAUGGUUUAUCAGACUAUGCAGUUCUUGUGGUGAAUGAACAGCACGUGAACCAGUAGUGGGAGAGAAUUGUGGGGAGCUUUUAGAGUAGGCUACGAGAAGGAAGCUGAUGAAAGCCAUCAGCCAUCGCAUUAUGUUUCUUUAUGACUGCUUUCUGAAGCUAAUACUACAUUUUGGGCUCAAGGAUUGAAGCGAGGGGCUUGCGGGAGUGUGGAUGGUUAGGCAACAGGGAGGGGUGGAGUAUCAAGGAUGGAUGCAGGGGGGGCGAUCAUCAUUAUUAUUGUCUUCAUCUGCCAUAACGGAAGGGGGCCCUUUUUGCAAUCGUUGGGCGUCACAUAACGAAUGCCACAUUGUUAGAUUGCUAAUGUUGCAAAGUUCAAUAAUCAUAGUGUGCGAAGGUCAAUUAACGUGUUUAAAUAUGAGGUAAGAGUGUACCAUCGUAGAGAGUUGUGGACUUGACGAAUAUAGAAUCGAAGUAGCUGGGGCGUACGAAUCAAGCAAAUCUAGUGUGUUGCAUAAAAAAGGUAAAGGAAGAUGACUCGUGGGAUUAACAAUCAAGCCUGCAGGUUGUUCUUCAUAUUUGUUGGGAGUGAAAAAAAUUAUGAUUUCGAGAAAAACAAUUACUUUGUCUUUCACUCUUGAUCCUGCGUAGCUUGAAUUGGAAAAAGCAAUAGUACCCUAAACAACAGAUGUUUCCCUGUAACAUUGGGUAGGAUCCCUAUAAAUUAUCUAAUCUCUCCAACACAAUGGUAAUACCUAGUUGGGACACUAUUUUAAACAUGACUAGUCUGGGAAGCAGUCCUUUUUAAGAUGUUGAUUGGUCUCCUUCUGGCCUACAAUAUCACUUAUUUUGAAGAAUAUCUUCAGCGUAUACAUUGUGAGUUACAAUAAAAGUGGAGGUGCACGGGGUGAUCAGGAGGACUCUUUGAAAAAUCUGCUGCCAAAAUUGCUUGACUGAACAUCUUGAGCUACACUUGAGCAUCUACCGAAGGCUACAUCGCUUUCUUAAGCUUGCACACACAUGCUGUUUCUCCUUAAUUUAUAAAUCCUGGUGGUUGCUCCUCUAAUGCUGCCUCAUUGAGUUCACCAUAGAAUAUUUUGUUUUUUGACAUGAAAUUAAAAGCCAAUGCUGAUUAACAACAACACACAAGAGCAAUUUAAUUGAGGUGACACAUGGCACUUGAGAAAAAGUGCCAAAGAUAUUUCGCCCUUUGCAACUAAUUGAGCUUUGAAUCUGUUGGUAGAUUCAUCAGGUUGAUAGUGUACAGUAAAGACCCACCAUUGGCAGGCCAGAAGCAUUAGUAGGUCGCGUAGACAAUUCCUAAAUACCUUGGCCGCGAAGAACUCAGCCUGUUUUUUUGAAACAGAUGACAAGGAAAGUACAAACCGCUGAAAGAAUGAACUAAAAAAAAGGGAUACUAUUUUAGUCCAUGCCUGACUAUCUUUUGGACAAUACUUGGUAAAUCAAGAUCUAAGAGAUACAGGAGACAAGGGAAGAGAGUGUCCAACAAACGUUAGUAAAUCCGUGGGCACAUGAGUAGGCCAUUGUGUUGUCUCUCUGAUGAAAAUCUUGAACAGAGCUGUCAGGAGUAGGCAAAGGCAUGUCAUGAAGAAGUAAAUAGACAGAAAACACCUUAGAUUUAUGUCCCGAUUGCUCUCAGAUGAAUACGGUAUGCUUUAACGAUAACUAAUAUUAGCACACAAUCUUUUCAUGCAACAGGCAUGUCAGUCGACAAGGAAGAGAUUCCUCUUAUUUUGUGGAGAUAAUUUCUCGACCAGAACCCUCAGUCAAAGGUGUACUUUUGUCUUUCUUUACGAUUACUGUGUAAAGCCGUCUAUCUUUCUGAGAUAUGUUCUACUAUUUCUUCACUUCAUAUCGUCCACCCUAUGAGAUGUUAGGGUUCGCCUGGAGCCCCAACACACUCCGGUAUGUGCUCACAUGAGGUAAUUCUUGCCAAUCAAAUUCACGAUUAUACCGCUCAGAGAUAUAGAAUUCAUUGAUGAUGAAGCCAUUUCAAUCUUCUCGUCAACAAAUGUAAAAAGAUGAGAGUAUAGAAAAUUAUCAGCAGCAGAUCAACAGGAGCAGUGUUGAUUUGCGACAGAGAUUCUAGCAGAUUCAUAAUAACAGGGUAGUAGGGACAAAUGAUCAGUUUGUGGCGAAGACCUCACUACCAAAAUUCUGGGCUGGAUGACAGGAGAACAACGUUUGUAGUUUGGGAUGGCUGCAUUGUGAUGAUCAGAGAAGAGUUCGGAAUGCAACGCCGUUCUGCCUUCUGGAAUGAGAUGUACGAGAGAAGAUCCAAUUACAGGACUAACAGUGAUGAGGAAGAAGCCUUCUGUCAUGAUCCGGGCAAUUAAACUUGUAGAGUGCAUGAUUGUCUAGUUGUUCUAGUUUCUUUGGAAUUAUUUUCAUUAAAAAGUUUCAUAUAUUGUCCUUCAUGAAACUUCUUCAGAGAUAGUCGCCUGAUCCGCAGUCCUCUUGAUCUAAGCCAUGAGAUGAAGUAAAAAUGAGGUGAUGAAAAGUUUGGGGACGGAGGGAUGCAAGUGAAUUAACUUGUUUACCUUUUUGGUACACAUUUACGAAGAUACACAACAUGGGUCGACUUAGGCUAGUAAAUAGGUUGGCCAGGCUACAGUACAUAAAAUCUUUCAAUACUUACAUUGAAUUUAUCAAGAGGUCAGCCUGACUAACAAAUACUUACAUUAAAUUUAUCUUUCAAUAUUUUUCAUUUAAAAAAUAAAAAUCUGUGAUUGAAUUUUCAAUCGCAAGACGUUGAUUCAAAGGUUUGCAAAAACAUGAACACCUUAAAAUCUCUUUAAGUGUAUGACUGUGUUUUAUACAUACAUUUUGUGAUAUUGGGUUUGAUUUGAGAGGCACUUCGUCUCUUAUUACAGAUGCAUCUUUUUUGUUUCCUUUCGAAUGAAAUUUUGUUGUACGCCUUAUUUGCUAUGAAUAUCCUAAUUUGAGAUAUUGGGUGCGUAUACUUGAGUUCUUCUAUUGGUAGUGACAUUUUUCGCUAUGCCUGUUUCAUCCUAGUUAAUGAUCAUCGUAUAUUUACUCACUCAACUAUCGUUCUUGUUAAUUUUACUGGCCUUACCAGAAAAGAUGACUCAAAAGUUUUUUUAUGUUUAGUGUGGUACCCUAUCAGUUACACCAUUUGACUGACGGUUGCUUGUGGACAAAUAAAUACCAGCCUGGCAAAGGUGUAGAGGUAUCCGGUUAUUGAUUUUUCCUUUCUAUCCACGUUAAGCAUAUGGGAUCGGUUUGGUUGAUUUGAUAUGUGGUAAUGUGUAUAUUCGUUUUGAUAAUGAGUAUUUUUGCAGGUCUGUGGAAACAAUGAAGCUGUUAAGUUUCUUGUUGAAUGGUUGGCAUCAUGGCACGAGAGGUGUUUGCAAGAAGCUAAAGGUCGUACGAGCAAGACUAUAUGCAUUGACGAGGAUAGCGAUGAAAGCUUGUAUGAAAACGACUCUGACUCUGAAAAUGAUGAAGCUUCACGCAGGAAUGUUCUUCUAGUUACUGGGCCUGUUGGGGUAUGUUCUUCUUUAAUUGGUAUUUCUCAUGCACAUUUCUUAUAAGCUCAGAUAUAUUUUAGAUUCACCACAGUUCAGUGUUUAAUCUUAGGGUCUAGGCAUUUUCGGAUCGUUUUAUCUUUUGUGAUCUCAUGAUUUUGAUCUAACAUAAAGUUUUCUAGUAGGCAGGGUGAUCUGAAAGGUGAGUUUAGUCGCAAGAGGAUAGACAAGCAUUGUUGUUUGUCUUUGUAGCUUCUGUAGGUGGUAGGAGUAAGAGAGUCAAGUUCCCUAAGCCAGGAUGCUGUAGAACUAUCUUAUAAAGUUUUUGACAAUAACAUAGAAUUGAUUUUGAAAGUCAAACAUAUGAUACUUGAUCUCGUAUGAAUUGAAGAGGAAUUUACUGUAGUUUUCAAGGCAUCGCCUAAGCAACACCUUGGCAAGAUGGUUGCCUAGGCAAGAGAAUGCUUGCCCUGGCACAAAUGAGUAAUUCAUGGAUGGAUUUACUGUGCCAUGUUCAUGUGGCUUAUGGUGCGACAGAAAAUGUAAAUAACAUAUGAUAUAUUUCAUUUGCAUUGUUUUCUAUGUAUGUUCAUAUUCAUGUUUUUCAUGUUUAUGUUUUAUUGCUUUAUUUAUUAAAAUUAAGCCUUACCUCGGUGUUGCCUAGUGCCUUGCGUUGUUAGUUAGACACUGAUGUGAUCACCUUCUUGAUUGCCUUAAAAUUUAGAAUUUACUCGACUGGAUAGUGUCUAUAUGUUAUAUGAUAGUUUUCAUGGCGAGACUUGACUAAAACAUAGGAGACAAUUAACUAAAUGAGGGUGAGUGUUAUGGGCGCAUAGAUGACUAGCCUUGAAAGUGUGCUUGCCUUGGUCACUUUAGUGCUUUGAGACUUGAGAGCCUUGUUUUUCUUUACUAUCUUUUUGAGUACCUUUAUAAAAAAAUCAAACUCAUGUAAUGUUGUUAAGUGAUACAUUCAUACGUUGUGUUCUUAGCCAUCAAAAGUUGUGGACAAAAAAUGAGUAUUAAUGGCAAUGCCUUUCAACUUGUCUUUGGUUCACAGUAAGAUGAAAGCCAUAUUUCGACCCGGGGAAGAGGAUCAAGUUGGCACUUGCAAACAGCUUGAUGCACUAUCUCCCUUCAACCCUUUGAGCGACAUGUGACACCAUUAGGAAUUCUUCAAGCUUUAACGGAUGGAACCAAACUGUUUUUUAAAGAGGAUAUCCUACCGUCUAGAGGAGAUAGACGUUUGUUCAUUAUCAACCCACAAAAUCCUGUCUUUAGUAAAUGAUCAAUCAUUAUGGUGUCGAAAGUAAGUUAGAAAACUAAUGUAUGAAAGAUAGUCAUUAAGCUUUGGAUAGCUUUCUUCACAAUUACGAAUGCUUUUGUCCAAAUUACAUUUGUGACUUGCCUUUAUAGCGACAUUGAUUUGGUGCAGAGUGAUGUGAUGAACCAGCAAAUGGUGGGAGAGAUGGAACAAUGAGAAAAAUCGUAGGGCACCUAACUAACUCUAAAAGAAAAAAAAAUGUGUUAACUGGUUCUUGACAACAUGAGUGUACAAUAUAUUGGAUGUUCUUCUCAUCAUCUGAAAUCUUUCAUUUGGAAGGCACGUCCAGAAAUUUAUUUAAAUUAGUGGAAUUUAUAACCUAGUGAUAAAUAUUCGUUAAUUGUUGUAGUGCUGGAGUGUUUACUUGAUGUUCUGUGUGCACUCAUUUGUUGGGUAGUACGUUAGUGCUAGUGUAAGUUACUAAGGACGAACUAUCUUCGAAUUUCAAAAGGUCUGUAGAUCUAGGUCUCUAAUAUUUUAAUAUUUUCCUUUUUGAAUUUUUCAUAGUUAGUUCUAUGCUUGUAAUUUACGAGCGUUUAUUAUUUCUUUUCAAGAUAAAGUGGCUUUUAUGGUUCGUCUGUAUCAUGUCCCCUAUGCCCUUACCUUUGUUGCUCCAAAGAUUUUGAUGUAAUGAGAUUACUGGUUUUGAUAUCCUUCAUCUUAAUGCAUUUCCUGAUUUCAUCUGAGGUGUAUUGUCUGGCGAACUUUCUUAAUUUCUUUAAGACCUGUUGUUUUUCAGUGCGGAAAGACUGCUGCAAUUUAUGCAUGUGCAAAAGAACUUGGAUUUCAUGUAAUUGAGGUACUUCGAGAUUCUGGCCUUUUUAAUUUCUUUGCUUCAUUUCCCUCAUGUGUCCUUCACGGUCUUGUCCUGAUCUGUAUCCUAUCUCUUCCAUCCUUGUAGCUGAAAAUAUAACCUCUCACAGAAAAACCAUUGACAGCGUUUUUUCAGCUGUAUGAUCUCAUUGUUGCGAAUAUUUUUCAUUUGGGUAAACCUUGAAAAAUAUCUUUAGAGGCGUGGAGAUUAAAAAGAUGUUAACUCAAGAUAUCCAAUCCCAAAUCUUGUUUAAACGUUUGGGUUAUCUUUUGCUUGUUCAUUAAAAGAGUUGAUUAUUAAUCCUUCACUGGAAGAGUGGAAAGUCGAAGGAAAUAAAUCAAAUCAAUAGAAAGUAAGAGGUACAAGAGCACAGGAAAUCAAAUGACACACUAGAAAUUGUGGGCUUGUACUGAUUUCAGAUGACAACUUUUAGAGUGUGGGCCCUGAUGAUGUUAUAUAUAGAACAGAUUAUUGGUGCAGCCCUGCUGUCCACAUUGAACCCAGAUAGUUUCAUCCUCCACUCUUCCUAUCACCGCCUGUCAUCUCACAUUAAUUUUUAAUCAGAGUAAGUUAAUAUGAUCUUUCUGAAAAGGGGUAUAAGGAACUUAGAUCCCAUGACAUAUUAGUUAAGCUGAGCUAAGACUAAAACAAUAAGAAAUAUUGUAGCAUUGGUAAAAAAGAAAAAAAGAAAAAAAAGAAACGUGGAUUUGAAUUCUUGUUUCUAUUGGUUUUUAGGUAAGGUGAUUGGUAUGUGCGGACAUUUGCCAUGACCAGUCUCUUAUAGCAAAGGCCAUAUGUGGUGACAGACGUGGAAUUGUUUUGUUGAAGGGGUUAUCGGCAAGAAACAUUUGAUUUCUAACAUGGAAGCUAGGGACAUUUGGGAGAGAAGUGAAAAUUUCCACUUUCUAGAGAAGAUGCAAAAUGUCGUGUAUUGAGGAAUAUGUUGAGAGAAAAGUUGUGUAGGUUAUCACGACAUGGAUUUAUAUCCAAGUAUGCUGUCAAGUUGAAACAGAGUUGAUAGUAGUUGAUAGCAAGUGAUUCCUUGAAGACCCCAUGUGGACCAGAUCAGAUUUAGACUGGUAUAAGCUAGUUUUCGUUUCAAGUUGCGUAUGAUUUAUGCUGACUACGCUGCUUUAAUAUUUAGUGCGAUGGAACUAUGUAACUGUUGGAUCAUUAUCUUAUCCUAGUGAAACGCAGAUGUGGUGUAGAAUACCCAAUGUUUCAACAAAGGCUUUUUUUUUCUGCGAUACCCUCUGUCCAUUUAUUAAGGAAAUUCUAGUGCGAUCCACAUGGAAUCUUGCGAAGGAAGAAUCAACUAGUCACAUGAAUGAUCUACGUAAAAGUGACGAUACCCACCCUCAAAUCAUAUCACAGGCAAGAUAUUCCAUGCCUGUGACAGAUUCUUCUUCUUCAGAUAUCAAACUGUAAUGAUGAUUCCAGACUUCCGCGUCAAAUUUCACUUAUUUCCUUGAUAGUAUAUGCUUGAAUUUUUCUUGUUUUCAAUUUUGGCCGACAUUAUGUUUAAUUUUGACGUAUUUUAGCUCCCCAGGAAUUAGAUGUUAUCCGAGAAUUGGAUGUUCUUGUAAUAGAUACCAAGCCAUCCAAAGCAAACACAGUAGCACAGUACAUUUCAUGUUACUGAAGAAUCUAAAUUAGACGACUUUUCCAAUUCCUACGUUUCACGUCAUACAGAAGCCUCUUUUUGGCUCCUGAAAUCCUUGUACCGAUUAAAGUUUAUUCUGUUUUAAUAAGUUUGAGCCCAAAUGAAGUCGAUAUUUCUUAAAGAUCUAGGACCAGUGGUUUGCAUCGCACAAACAAUGCCAAUUAGUAAUUCUGAAAUUCAAUCUCAGGCUUCGAUGAUUAUAACGUCACAAGACUUGUUUUAUUGAUACAAUAACCUUGACUAGCAAUUACUAAAGAUUUUACAUUUUCAGAACAGUUCAAAAUCAGUAUGUUAAUUGAUUUCUGGGUGAAAUUUCGCUUGAGGGUUUCAUAAAUAAUUCAUAGAAGAAAAUAUUAAUAGAAACUCUUCUCGAAUGUUCUGCCACAGGUGAAUGCAUCUGAUGUAAGAAAUGGAGCACACAUAAAGCAGAAGUUUGGGGAGGCUAUGGACUCGCAAGCAAUAGAAUUGUGGUAUGUUUGCUGGAUCUCAUGUUCAUAAUUCUAUACAAAAUUAAAUUCUAUCAGUUGUGAUUUGAUUCCAAUAUUUUCAAAGAGCCUGUGGAAUGAAUCUUGCAUGUUCCAGGAUAUUACUUCGGGGGAUUGAAGCAGUACUAUAUUUGUGGUUUCCAAUCCGACAGAUUUUCCUUCAUUUUAUAGUUAUAAUAUGUUUACAGUUACACUGAUGCGUUAGCCUUAUCGCAUCAUAUUGUGUUUUUUUAAGUAAACUAAAGAUUGGCCAUGACGUAAGAAGAACUCUCUCUUUAAGAGAAUGACAAUGCCUGAAAAUAGCUCAGUUUAAAUUGGACAUGGAUGGACUAAGAAACGCUGGAUCCUCAACCUUUUUUGGGUAGUGUCUCGUAUCUGGUUUUCUCAGAUUUAAAUCUGUUCUGAAGAAAGAUCACAACGACCUCUGUGAUGCUUUGGUUGUCCUCUAUUCUAUGAUCUGCAUUUUUAAGACACUCAUUAUCCAAUCCCUCUACUUCUAAAUUUCCAAUGCAUGAAUAUGGUCCCGUUUCGUAUCCUUUUCAGAUGGAAGAUAUUCCGCCUAUCUUUUGCAAUUUCCAUUUAGUUUUCAUCUUCUUUGACCAUUUUUUGCUUCUCUGUAGUAUCUUACUUCCCUCUUACAUUUGUUCGCUUCUCGUACAUUUGCUUACUUCCCUCUUAUUGACGAUUUCCUUGCCUCUAUAACCCUUACUAUUAAGCUUGAACGAGGAUUAUUGGAUUUCUGGUUUCUUGGCUCCAUUUUCAACUCUUCUGUCCAUUUGUUUCUGGAUCUAUGCGAAUUAAAUCCAAAAACUCUUUAUUAUUUUCUUUUGGAUUUUGUGGACACUAAUUGAUGUAGAUGGUCUGUAAGUUGCCUAGGCAGGCCUUUUGCUUCUGGUUGUUCAAAGUAUGCAUUCACUCCGCUGGAUCCGAAAUCUAUUAGGUUUUUGAUAUGAAAAUUGUAUUAGGUUAGCUUUAUUUUUUGAGAGGGUGAUUCUUUAAACUUACAGGCUAGAUCAUUGUCUCACCUAGGGUCACCUUUUAUUUUCCAGGGGACUCUAAUAUAGUUGUGAUCUCAUGCCUACAGCAUGCACCCAGACUUUAUCGCUGGAUUUUAGCUGAAUUAGCUCCAUACGUAUAUUUAUCCAUCAAAAUUUUCAUGUAGUUCGUACCUAGAAAUAAAACGCCCAUCCGAAUCCCUACCUCAAACUUCUACCUAUCAUAAUCAUACUUGGCAUCGUCUUUAUUGCAGAAUUGGUCAUUUCAUCGAACCAGUUCACUCUCUUUACAAUCAUUUGACUUCGUAAAUUCCCAUUCCUUAAGUUUUACAAUCUAUUAAUUAAUAGGCUUGUUGGAUAUAUACUAAUCUUUUCUUCUUUUUGUAAACCAGUAAUAUGAACUUUGUUAGAAUAUAAUCCUUGAACAUCUAAUCUUUAUGAAAACACCAUUUAUAGGAUUUUUUUUUCUCAUUCUCCUUUCCAUCGUUCUUCAGGUGUUAAUACCAUUCGUUUGUAUAACGAAUUUAUAUUUCUAUACUGCAUCUAUAUGUACUAAAUAAAAUUUCUGGAUAUUUUUUCUUGACCUCUAAUUGAAAUUGAUUCACUGCCCGUUCUGAAUAUUCAAAUUUUCCUACCACUAGAUCGGUUUGGGAGGUAUAAUUUAGUUGGGACAUGAUUUUCCUCCCAUAACCCCAAAAACCGCACUACGGAGUUGUAUCCACUACUUGUAUUUAGUCACCUUUUUUGAGCUCUGGGUUUAAUGGCUCUUUGACACAUCAGGGGAAGAAGGAAGAGGCUGUGGCAAAGGAUUGAUAAGUUAUCUAAUAUGGACUCGACCUAUCGAACUAGCUGUAACAGACUGGCAUUUAUUUAUAAUCCAAAUCGGUUUGGUUUACCAGUAGAUAUUGACCGUCCUUGCUGAUUCAUAUGUUCCUAUUUGUUCCUGGGGUCCACCAUCAGAUCAUUUUAAACCAGAAUGAAAGCUGAAUUUUCUUAUUAAAAUGUGUUCAAGGUGACGAAGAUAGUUAUCUACCUCCUUAUUACCUGUGGCUGUGAAAGGAACAAGAUGGUGUGUGAUCUCUAAUUUUUUAAAUUUUUAUUCCCAAAUUGAUAAUUAAAAAUUGUAAAAAUAAAAUGAAAUGUAUAUGCCAUCAUAUCAUCAAAUUACAUGAAUAAGCAUUCAGAUUCAAUAUAACAUAAACUAAAGAAAAGAAAAUUGUAAUUUUCGAAAAAGUUAAAAAAAAGAGGUUUUUGCUAACUUGUAUAUUCUAUGAAAAUUAUUCAAUAUGAGUUAAAUAUGCAAAUGAUAUAGUAUGUGAUUUUUAUGAAAUAUAUGGAGUAUCUACAAUAUAUAUAACAUGUAAUAGACAAUGCAUUAUCAAUUUGUCCAUAUGAAUGCUUGUUCGUAAACUCAUAUUCAUGCAGUGAGUGCUCGUUUUACAAUUAUGCUGCCUGGACUCUAACAUGUUCACCUCCAUCGCAUGCGUCAGUCAACGGUAAAGAAAUCUUCCCUAUUCUGCCGCCCUCAGGCCAUCUUUCCGUUUCUUAUUUCUCAAUAAAAAAUUUAAGGAAUCAGCAUUGCUUCUCCUCCCCUUCCAUUUUCUGAAUCAAAAUUGGUGCUCAUUGGUGCUCAUUGGCCUGCUGUAAUCACCUUCCUCGGUUUCCAUGCUUCUUUGUGAACGCUUUUUGACUCUUUGUUCCCCUUCUAUCUUAUGCCUCUACCUCUGUGUUGUUCAGCAUCUAAUACACACUUUGUAGUUCCUCUUCUCCUCUUUCUUUGUAGUUGUAGAGCAUUAAUAUUCGUUGAUAAAAUUCUGAGUUCCAAGUUAUUCUGUUCCCUCUGGAUAAAUAUGGGGAAGAAGUUGCCCACAAUAUCUAACUGGUAACCCCCUUUGGAUCACUUCGCUCUAAAUGAUUUGAACUAAACCAAGCAACUCUAUGUCAAUUUCUUAUUAGUGGUCUACUGUCUACCUUCAGAAUACCUGAAAGGAUCAGAAACUACGCAGACAAGUUCCACAGGCUUAAGGUGCACUGGAAGCCCUGCCAUUCGCCCCUAAACAUUGGAUGUAUCCCAUAAUUAUUUGACUCUCGACGUUCUGUCUUUUUUUCACACAUCCCACCUAUCUUUAUUUACAAAUUCAUUCCUCUCUUCAGGUCUCUAAAACUGCAUAAGCACUACCUGAACUUGCAGUGCCCUUUUUUGGAUAUUUUCAAUAUCCUUUUUUUUUGAUAUUUUCCAAGAGAUAUCUAUUGAAGGAUGCAUAAGUUUUUUCUACACUUAUCUCCUAAAUCUGCAUUUGGUUGAUACACUCAUUCCUUUAUCAUCAGUUCCGCUAUAAUGCUCAUUCCGUUUCGCCUUCCUAUUAACUAGCACUUAUUAGGAUCGUGCCAUGUUCUGUAACUAGGAGACUUGGGAUAGGCAAGAGGACAAAACCUGAAUUUCACUGGUGGAUCAUACGUUGGCAGCAGAUGAUUGUAAGGCGUCUGGAAAUCAAAGGCAGGCAUGAGAGUAUAAAAGGUUGGGUUUUGGAAGGGUGGGUAGGUUUGGGAAGAUCUGUAGGAAGAGACAAUUGGGGCAGAUGGACAUGAUGUCUGGAGGUAAGGUUGAACAGCGAUGAACAUGAUGUCACGAGGUUGGGGAACAGGAAUGGCUGAUCAUCAUAAUUAUUUCUACCGUUGUCAUCAUGUUGUCCCAGACUACACAGAUGGUUAAUGUUGCAUGUUUUCCCAGACUACUCAUCUCAUGCAGGAAUUCAUAUAAUCGCUUUUGUCUGCAGUUAACAAAAGUUUAUAUGGAAUUGGUGAAUGAUGGGUUACUUAACCCGCUUCAUUUGACUAUGUUGCGUAUGAUCUAUUUGUCUAUUAUGUGGUCAGGACAAUAACAUGGUAAGUCAGGACUUUUUACCUAUUCUCAUAGAUUCAAUGUGAUGAUUCAUAUGUUGAAAAUUGACGGAAAUAUGGCUUUUUUAUGGCUUUGAUUACAUGUUCUCAGUCAUGAAGAUACAACUGGAAACAAUUCUUAAAGGCCCCGUUUUUCACAUUACGUUUGGUACACCAUUAAGUCUUCUGUUUUCCAUGAUGUUUGACGAAGUGUGUAAUUCUUAUUCCAGAAUGAUCAGACGUUGGAUGACGAUUCUGUCUUUCCUUCACUUUGCUUUAUCUAUGUUAACUUCUAGGAAUAUAGAGAAAUCAUGUUAUGAUGUUUCUUUCAGCUCAGUCGAGGAAAUUGCUGGUUUGAAUAAAAAAGAUGGUUUGCCAUUCAUUAAGUCUUCAACUAACCCUGAGGCGAUCGCAUCUAAAGACGGGGAUCUCAAACAGGCCUUGACGCUUUGUGAAAGCACUAAUAUUAAAUGUCCAGGGAAUUCAUUUGAGAAUCAAAGUUCUACUUGCCGAGUUGCAAACAGGAAUCUCUUCCUAUUUGAAGACAUGGAUGCUAUUUUUCAUGAAGACCGUGGACUCAUUACUACUAUCAUGCAGCUUGCAGAAACAUCAAAGAGACCCAUUAUACUUACAACAAAUAGUGAGCUUAUUUGCCGACUUAAACCCGUUCAAUUGUUUAAUACCCAUCUUCAUGCAUUUAAGAAUGGCAUUUGACAAUCAUCAUUGCGUACACUUCAUCUAAUUUUGUUGAUAACCUGCUAGGCAAAUAUCCCAACCUACCACAUGCAUUGGACAAAGUAGUAGUGGCAUUCACACGUCCAUCAACAGAAGAGCUACUUGCCUGUAUAUGUCUGGUACAAGAAUUCAGCAUUCCUUUUUUUUUCUUUAUCUUUUUCCUUCGAUCUAUUCAGAUGUUUAACCUUUCUAAGGGGUCCACAGAUUUGCUCUGCAGAAGGAGCCCAUGUAUCACCACGGCUAUUAGAGCAGCUUAUCAACACAUGCCAAGGUGAUAUAAGGAAGACAAUUUUGCUUCUCCAAUUUUGGUGCCAGGGUGAAAAAGGUCGACCAGGUUUGUGCCUACUCGUGCUUCCGGGAAAGGGUGUAAUUAAUUGCUUUAUAUUUCUUGGGAUUGCCUCUGCUUUGUACAUUCUGACGGGAGAGAAAUGAGAGUAUCUUAGUUGACAAAGUCAGCAAAGGUUGCUAAUUGGAUUCCCUUUGACUAUCUAGACAGGAACAUGCAACUUACGUACAGCCCCCUUCAGUUUGACCUUGAUGCAGCUCAUUGGGUAAUAGAAAGCUUUCUUCCUUGGUCAUUCCCCUGUGAACUUUCACUGAAAGUUGAAGAGGAAAUCUCAAAUACAGUGUCUUCACUUUUGGAGAAUCAAGGGAUAAUACAUUCUUUCACCAAAGAGGACAUUACUGUAUCAAUUGACACUCCACGUAACAUUGCCACCGGGACGGGAGAGGAUGCUAUGAUGAAAAAUGUUUGCCCCUCUUUCCAGUAUAAUGAAUCUUCAACUCCUAUAAAUGAUAGCAUGGGCUUUUCUGAUGCGUUGGGCUCUCUGUUGACUUCUCCGGAUGGAAGUUUUAAGCACAAGUCUGGAACUAUACUUUCUUCUGAAUCUGCAGAUUUGUAUGCUUCUGAUACAAACUUAGAUAUAAAUACCCAUGUCAUGCGAUUUCCUCAACCAAUGGAGGAUGCAAAUUGCACGAAUUCAUGUGCCGAUCUGUUUGUUGAAAGUGCUGCUUUAUCUAGCGAUUCUUUCAUGAUUGACAAAAUUGCUUCCAGUUCACAUGUCUGCAAUACGUACACAUCGACAUGCACCCCUGAAUUAUCAGUAGUUCCGGAGACUGAAAUCAGUAACAGGGAUGGUUUUCCGUCUACAACAGUAAAUUCGCCUGAUUUUUCUUCUAGGUUGGUGGAUUUUUCGUUGAAUAAUUCCGGAUCAGAGCUACCUGUUUCUCAAGAGGACGUUGACCAUGUUGAAGAAUCUAUACUCGUUGCUGACGAAGAUCCAAUGAGUAAGUUUGCAAAUAUAGAUGAACUAGACCGUGAAUCAGUUCAUGGAAAUGAAGAACCUGAUGCCUCUCAAAUAGAAGGUGAUGUGGGUUUAUCCAGAGGAUAUCAGAUAAUGGAUGAGUGUAGCUGUGCUGGCUUCAGCUUGGAACUCAUGCCAGUUGACCGUUCUUUAAGCCAUCCGAUUAUUCACUCAGUUAAUGAAAAGUGGAAAAAACUGCGCUCCUGCCAAGAAGAUUUAAGAUUGCAUAUGACUUCUGCUCAGAAGGAUGCUUUGAACAUCUUAGAUCUUACUUCUGGUCUUACCAAUCUGAUUUCUGAUGCUGAUAUUUUGCUUGGGCGCUGUCAGUUGCUUACCAGUGUAAGAUUCUUUGAAGAAUUUCCUCUCUUAAAAUAGUAUCUUGAUGUUUUCCUUAUUUCCUUGAAUUUUAGCGCGUCUUCUUGUUUUGAAGGAUAUUUUGUCUUGGCAGGAUGUUCUGGAGCUGUCUGAAACUCCUCAUGAUGAACUAUGUUCUAGCUCUUGGUACGAUGAGCAUUUGGAAAUGGCUUCCACGUUUUCGCAACAUGGUCUAUGCUUGUAUGCAAGUAAAGCCAUGAGAUCACCAUCAACUUUGCGUCAUGAAAAUCCUCUGCAUCUAGCACAGGAGAUGCUGGCUGCCAACACUUGUUCCAUGGCUCUAGGAAAGCGUUUGUCUCUGAAGAACACUCUAAGUGUUACGUGUGGACAAAGAGGCUUUCAGAGGAAGGCAUCAAGGUGACACUCUCAGUAGGGCAUGAUCUUCUCGUUCACUUUAGGAGAAAUUCGGGUUAGAGUUGUCCGAUUCAUAACAGUCUUAACGGUUCCAUCGUUAAUAUGUGCAUAACUCAUCUCCUGAAGCAUCUACUUUUGAUCAUUACACUUUCCUAUAUGAAAAAUGGCCUAUACUAAUUUGAUUAAUUUUUCAUAUCAAGCUUUUCCUUUUUAUUUAAAGAAUUUAGUUUUAGGGGGGGGGGGGGGUCUCACUCAAUGACUUGGCGCUGCAUUUUUUUAUAUUGGCCUAAUUUUCGGUCGUAUUCUGCUUUAACCGACCAAUCUAUCAAAGCUGACCAUAGGCGUUCCAAUAAUUUAACAUGUGGUGUUGUUCGUUCGUUUCCAAAAUGAUUUGCUUCAGUAAGCAGAUAAGAUUCUUUCCCUUCUUGAAUAUACUAUUUAAGCUACUCUAGCAUUCUGGGAUCAUUACAAAUCAGAAGAGGCUGUUAAUUCUUUCCCUUGGUUUCCAAUAUGAGAAGUGAGUGGUCUUCUCUUCUUUUUCUUCUUUCUGAAACUGGGGCUAGUUUAGCUCGAGUUAGUCUGACGUGGUAUUAGAUUAUAGAUGCUGAUUUCCAGGUUCAGUUUAUCAUCACCGAUCCCUAUCUUGUACUUGAGAAGCUCUUAAUGAUAGGAGCUGAACUUUCCUAUCACCAGCCAGACAUACUACAACGCUCUUGCUUCGGUCCUUUUCUCUUUCUCAUUUUAUUGACUGCAUGAUGUGAGGCUGUGGAUUAUCAAAGGAAUCUAGCUUUCUCUAUGCAUCUUGGAGCACGCAUCAUAGACUUUGUUUUUUUUUUUUUUUUUCAGUGGACAAGAGAGGCAUCCGACGCCAUGAACUGCCUCGAUUCCUUAACCUGUCCCUUAUGCAAGUUACUGCUUGAAUUCUCAGCCUUCCCACCACCCUAUAAUUGCACAAUGUGGGCUUAUUCUUCAGGACCUUGUCCACUUUUGGAUUCUAUUCGUGCCUUGCGAAGAUAACAUCCUAUAGCGAAUGAGAUUUUCAUUAAAACAUUUCCUUAGUCUGUAAAAAUGGCGGAAAGAUUCAUGGGAAGGAAAUACAUGACAUGUAACAAAUUUGAAAUUGAAAGGCCCAAUCCGAGUCUCCAGAUAUGUUUCGGAGAAGAAAUGGCUGCUGAUAGACUUCUUAAUUCUAUCAUAAUUUUUUUUAAAUUUCUGUUUGAUAUUUUCUCUGUUCUGCAUGAAUUCCUAAUCAAUUAGUAUAUUUACUGUAGACCAUAUACUUCUGUUCAUAUAUUCCAUUGCCUAUGGUUUGGGUCCUAGAUCGGUGUAUGUAACAUUAAUAGCAAAGAAUUGAUAGUUUUGGCUUCCUGUCCCCUUCGUCUAUUGCAGAGAGCUGGAAUCGAAGCUCUGCAAUGCUCUGCGUCCCAUAAUCCCCACAAGAUCCCUGAUGACGCUGCAAAGUCAGGCUUUGCAUGAGUAUGCUUCAUCCCUCAGUCUUAUCUCCAAGACUGAGAAUUCCCGACUCUCGGGAGGCAAAGAUCAUCCUCGAUCACAUCGAAGGUACGCUUUUUUGUCUAGUGUCUAUGUGUGCCCUUCAGUAUGUACUUCCAAUAUGCUAAGGUAUUCAUAUAAUGCCUGGAACUUAGCCACAUUGGGGUCGUGAAAAGCUGGUGAAUUUUCUCGUCCAGCAUUUAUCUUGAUCUGUGUUUGACUUCCUGAUCUGGGUCUGGUCUGCAGGGCUCAGGCUUCUCGUCACUAUUUGAGCUCUCUCCCUGGGGCAUUGACUCCCGAAGAUGUGGAGCUUUUUGCUGGGUAUGGCUGCUUCGGUUCACUGGAUUUCAGAUAA